AUAGAAAGUGUUCAGUCGAUUCCUAGUUGUUGCAACAACAUCAGCUCUAGAACUUCAUUUUCUAACAGUGAUCUAUUCAUUAAGUGCGCACUUUCUAUCUGCGAUCCAAAAAAAAUGUCUGGUUGUCAAUGGUUGAGUGUGACUUUUGAGUUUCUUCCUUCUAUAGCGUUGCUGAACACAAUAGGUUGGACAAUGGUUCUUUUCUCCACGCAAGUCAAAAGCUCUUAUAUUUACGGAAACGAGGCAAUAUCCAUACCGUCUGUCGCCAAGUUUUUCCCACAAAUACAGUCAGACCUUUCACGUGUCAAGUGGGGACAUGGUGUCAACAGUAGGGGUCAGCUCUUCCAGUCACUACAAGGAAAUGACAUGAUGAUUGAAGCGGACGUUUCCAUGGGUAUGGUUACGGGUCGUGAAGGAAAAAUAUUACCUAUCAUGGCUCAUCCACCUUUUAAAACGUCAGAUUUAAGUUUGGAAGAAUUUCUAGACACUGCGCUGAGUAGCAGACAACCUAAAGGAAUAAAACUUGAUUUUAAGGAAAUGGAAGCAGUCGAAGUGUCUCUUAUGAUAAUCAAAUCUCGUGCUAACAAGAUUCGCGUGCCUCUUUGGUUAAACGGAGACAUUAUUCAAGGGCCAGUCAAUGCCACGACAAAACCACUUGAUGCUAGACGAUUCCUUAAUCUGACAAAAAGAUACUUCCCUGAUGCUGUUCUAUCCGUUGGAUGGACAACGAGGUAUGGCCCAGAUAUUAGUUCUUGGCCGUUACAGAUAAUCAAUGAGGGUUCGUACACCAUGAACCAUAUGAUUCAGUUGCGUGAUGCCCUUAAAGCGGCCCAAAUUCGUCAGACAGUAACCUUUCCAAUUCGGGCUGGUUUAUCGACCUCACGGGAAUCUCAGCAAAGCAUUAUAUGGUUACUCGAACAGAUUGAAGGUAGCACGUUGACACUGUGGAGUGGACCUUUCGACACGGUCGAUUUGCCUGGGUUGAUGAAACUUGUCAAGCAUAUUGGGACAAAAAAAAUUUACAUCGACGUGUCUAGCGGCCUUCUAUGCGAAAUUCAACAUUUUUCAGAUCGUCCAUAGUUCUGUUGGAGAACAAAGAAAAAACAGCUUCGUGCAAUCAAAUUCGGUUGGAGAGCAUUCGCCCUGAAAAAAAGUUUGACGUUGAGUUUGAGUCGGGCGAAAACUGGCCAGUGUUUAUGUUUUCCUUGCAUUUUAAUUGUUGCCGCGCAAUAAGCUUUACAUUUUCGUUAUAACGGUGGUGUACAGCAAAACAUGAUCAAGUGCCUUUCAAUGAAAUAAACGAAUUUUGUUCUAAA